CUCUGAAAUCUGUGGAGAUUUUUCUCUGCACAGGCAGGAAGAAAGCAGGUGGAUGGAUAAGUAAAUAAAUAUGGCCUUGCUCCUGACCUCCUUGCUGGCAUUCCUAAGCUUGGGCUCAGGAUGUCGUCAUCAGAUCUGUCACUGCUCUAACAGGGUUUUUCUCUGCCAAGAGAACAAGGUGACAGAGAUUCCCUCCGACCUCCCCAGGAAUGCCGUUGAACUGAGGUUUGUCCUCACCAGGCUUCGAGUCAUCCCAAAAGGAGCAUUUUCAGGAUUUGGGGACCUGGAGAUAAUAGAGAUAUCACAGAAUGAUGUCUUGGAAGCGAUAGAGGCAAAUGUGUUCUCCAACCUGCCUAAAUUACAUGAAAUUAGAAUUGAAAAGGCCAACAACUUGCUAUACAUCAACCCCGAUGCCUUCCAGAACCUUCCCAACCUCCGAUAUUUAUUAAUAUCCAACACAGGUAUUCAGCACUUGCCAGCUUUUCACAAGAUUCAGUCUCUCCAAAAGGUUCUAAUAGACAUUCAAGACAACAUAAACAUCCACACAGUUGGAAGAAAUUCCUUCAUGGGGCUGAGUUUUGAAAGUAUGAUUCUAUGGCUGAAUAAGAAUGGGAUUCAAGAAAUACACAACUGUGCAUUCAAUGGAACCCAGCUAGAUGAGCUGAAUCUAAGUGAUAACAAUAAUUUGGAAGAUCUGCCUAGUGAUGUUUUCCAGGGAGCGUCUGGACCAGUCAUUCUAGAUAUUUCAAGAACAAGGAUUCACUCCCUGCCUAGCUAUGGCUUAGAAAAUCUUAAGAAGCUGCGGGCCAGGUCAACUUACAACUUAAAAAAGCUUCCCAGUCUGGAAAGGUUUGUCACACUCGUGGAGGCCAGCUUCACCUACCCCAGCCACUGCUGUGCCUUUGCAAACUGGAGACGGCAAAUCUCUGAGCUUCAUCCAAUUUGCAACAAUUCUAUUUUAAGGCAAGAAGUUGAUGAUAUGACUCAGGCUAGGGGAGAGAGAAUUUCUUUAGCUGAAGAUGAUGAGUCCAGUUACACUAAAGGAUUUGACAUGAUGUACAGUGAAUCUGACUAUGAUUUAUGCAAUGAAGUGGUUGAUGUGACUUGCUCCCCUAAGCCAGAUGCAUUCAAUCCAUGUGAAGAUAUCAUGGGGUACAAUAUUCUCAGAGUCUUGAUAUGGUUUAUUAGCAUCCUGGCCAUCACUGGAAACAUCAUAGUACUGGUAAUCUUGAUUACCAGCCAGUACAAACUCACAGUCCCCCGCUUCCUUAUGUGCAACCUGGCCUUUGCUGAUCUCUGCAUUGGAAUCUACCUGCUGCUCAUAGCGUCAGUUGAUAUCUACACCAAAAGCCAGUACCACAACUAUGCAAUUGACUGGCAAACUGGAGCAGGCUGUGAUGCUGCUGGCUUUUUCACUGUCUUUGCCAGUGAGCUCUCAGUCUACACUCUGACAGCCAUCACACUGGAAAGAUGGCAUACCAUCACCCAUGCCAUGCAGCUGGAAUGCAAGGUACAACUCCGCCAUGCUGCCAGCAUCAUGCUAGUAGGCUGGAUCUUUGCUUUUGCAGUCGCCCUCUUUCCCAUUGUUGGCAUCAGCAGCUAUAUGAAGGUGAGCAUCUGCCUGCCCAUGGAUAUUGACAGCCCCUUGUCACAGUUCUAUGUUAUGUCCCUCCUUGUGCUCAAUGUCCUAGCCUUUGUGGUCAUUUGUGGCUGCUACACUCACAUCUACCUCACAGUGAGGAACCCCAACGUCGUGUCCUCCUCGAGUGACACCAAGAUUGCCAAGCGCAUGGCCAUGCUCAUCUUCACGGACUUCCUCUGCAUGGCACCCAUCUCCUUCUUUGCCAUCUCUGCCUCCCUCAAGGUGCCCCUCAUCACUGUGUCCAAGUCAAAGAUCCUCCUGGUCCUGUUCUACCCCAUCAACUCCUGUGCCAACCCCUUCCUCUAUGCCAUCUUCACCAAGAACUUCCGCAGGGAUUUCUUCAUUCUGCUGAGCAAGUUUGGCUGCUAUGAAAUGCAAGCCCAGACUUACAGGACAGAAACCUUAUCCACUGCCCACAACUCCCAUCCAAGGAAUGGCCACUGCCCUCCAGCUUCCAGGGUUCCCAGUGGUUCCAAUUACAUACUUGUCCCUCUAAGCCAUUUAGCCCAGAACUAACACAUGUGUAAAUGUAUGUGAACAUUGAAUAACUGAAGUCUUGCCUUUGAAGAAUAUGACAUGGAAUAGCUGGCAGAAUGCUUCUACAAACUUUUUCUAAUUUAAUCUUCCUGGCACACCUUUAAGGUGAAUUGGUCAAAACUAUUAACUUCAUGUGAUCAAUUAGGAAACUAAAGUAUUAAUGACAACGUUAAUAAUUAAAAUAAUAUAAUGCUACAUCAUAUUUAUGUUUUAUAAUGUCCAAAGUACUUUUGUUAAGAUCAUCACAACUAAUUCCUAUAAAAGUCCUAAGAAAUAGGCAGUUUUGGAGUUUUACAGAUGAGAAAACCAAGACUCGAAGGGUUAAGGGUUCAAAAUCGCUUGGCUUGUAAGAGCCAGAACCAGGAUUAGGUGUUCUGACUCCCAUAUAACUUCCAAAAGUAGCAGCAUAAUAUUUAUUCGUUCAACAAAUAUUACUAAACACCUAUUUGAAGGCUCUGUACUGUAUCAACUUGGAUAAACUAAACUACAUUUCCCAGAAUUCCCUUUCUCAUAUGUUUUCCCUUAGGGCAGGCCACAGGGAAGAUUCUUAGGAAAAUAAGAGGGCAGAAGGGAAGCUAUAGCCAUUUUGUCACUCACACACUUUGUUUGUGAUCUGCUGAUUCAGCUGGUUCCUACUGAAGCAACAGCUGGACCUACAAUUGCUCCACCUUCCCCUGGAUCCUCCUUCAGGUUCUCUGACUCCUGGGCUGGGUAUAUAUGUUCAGCUCCAUGAUAAAGAAUCCCAUCUUCUGCAGAAAAAUUUUCCCACCAAGGUCAGACACAGCAAGACAGAAAUGAGGCUCAGUUGGCCUCCUGGGUUUUCACAUUACGCUUGAGGCUUCCAGCAUGCUCCCGAUCUUCUCUUAAUGACUGCCUGCCCUGUGGACUUCAAGAUCCAGCAUCAAUGUAGAGACAACAUCCUUACAAAGACUGCUUAACCAACCUCCACAAUUACAUAAGCUAAUUCCCUAUAACAAAUAGUAACCACAUACAUAUAUA